AUGAACCAGCUGGCAUCAGUGGACUACCUUGUCCAGGAAAAGACACUCUACCUUUCAGAGUUGGGUAAUGGUGAUAUCAGACUACUGAGGCUCAAAGAAUCUGGAAAGCUUUCUUGGAGGAAAAUCUUAUCUGCAAAGGGGACAGUAAUCGACCUUGCUGUGGACUGGUUGAGUGGAAACAUAUAUUGGAUUGACAGUGAAAACCCGCAUAUCAAUGUAGCUUCAUCCAAAGGCCAGUAUUCCACUGUUUUGUUCAGCAACAAUCUGUCCCACCCAACCUGUGUUGCACUCCAUCCACCCACUGCAAUCAUGUGUUUUGUGGAUCUGGGUUCCCAGGAUGGUGGUGGGCGUGGUUCCAGCAUCAACUGUGCCUCCAUGGAUGGCAUCAGGAGGAAGGUGCUGUGGCAGAAAUCGCAGGUCCCAGUGGGACUGACCUUUUCAGAUUCAGGGACCCGAGUAUACUGGGCUGAUACUGGGAGAGGACUCAUAGAAAGUAUUCAACAAGAUGGCUCUAGAUACAGAGUAGACCGCAAAGGAAUUCAGGGCCUUAACCUCUUUACAUAUGGCCAAAGCAUGAUGUUCUGGACAACAAUCGAUGAUGCCCAAAUCACUAAAGUUUGGUACAGCAAGGCAGAACUUUCAGAAAACCGGUGGUUCCAAGUAGACCUGAAGAUUGUGGAUUUAAAAGUUUACAGUAAACUUUCUCAACAGGGUGCCUAUCCAGAUAAAACCCAUUCAACACUAGCACUUGGAAAGCUAGAGGCUGGAAAAAGGGUGACUCCUAAAGCUGCCCAACCUCUCCAGGCUGCCAAGCCCCCAACACUAGAUAUGUGGGUCCAGAAGAGACGGAUUAUCCUGUCAGAAAAACACUGA